AUGCGCCCAGAGCUUCGAUAUCCCCCCCCCAAAUCUCUUUUCUCCUUCCCUCCACACCUCAAAACACAGCAUCCCCGCGAAGGCAUGCUUGUGGUAGUGCGAAAUCGAGGACAGAGGCCAAGGUUUCUAGGCAGGCAGUACGUUAGUCACCAGUGCCCAGAUUUGGUUGCUAGGCAACGGCGGGGUCCUUCCUGGCUCGGCGGCGCUCCGGGCCGCGGGGAGCCGGGAAAAGGAGGGGGCAGCAGCGGCGGCGGGAGUUUGCGCGUCCCCGGCUCGGGCCUUUCCACUCCAGGGAAGAUGUCUGUAUCCGACGAACCCCGAGUGAUGUCCUCGGUGGAUGAGGCUGAGCCGCUAGAGGAGGAGGAAGACGAGGAGGAGGAAGAAGAAGGAAAAAGGAGGGAGAAGGAGCCAGCGGCUGCGGCCCCCGGGGCAGCCGGGGCUGCGGGGCCCAGCGCCGGCUUCGGGCUGGUGGCGACACGGCGGGAGCCGGCCGUGAAGCUGCAGCACGCCGUCAGCGGCCUGGAACCGCUCUCCUGGUCCGAGGACCACCGAGUGUCGGUUUCCACUGCCCGUAGCAUUGCUGUGCUGGAGCUUAUCUGCGACGUGCAUAGCCCGGGCCAGGACCUGGUCAUCCACCGCACCUCAGUCCCAGCUCCGGCCAACAGCUGCUUGCUCAAGGUUGGUUCAAAAAAGGAGGUUGCUGAAUGUAAGGAGAAAUUUGCCACCUCUAAGGACCCCACAGUCAGUCAAAGUUUCAUGUUAGAUAGAGUGUUCAAUCCUGAAGGAAAAUCUUUGCCCCCAAUGAGAGGAUUCAAGUAUACCAGCUGGUCUCCAAUGGGUUGUGAUGCUAAUGGGAGAUGCCUGUUGUCAGCAUUAACCAUGGACAAUCGCUUGACCAUCCAGGCUAACCUCAACAGACUACAGUGGGUACAACUGGUUGAUUUAACUGAGAUUUAUGGAGAGCGUCUUUAUGAAACCAGCUACAAGCUUACCAAAAAUGAAGCCCCCGAAGGAGACCUGGGAGACUUUGCUGAGUUUCAGAGGAGGCACAGCAUGCAGACGCCAGUACGGAUGGAGUGGUCAGGCAUCUGCACCACCCAACAGGUCAAGCACAAUAACGAAUGUCAUGAUGUUGGCAGUGUUCUCCUGGCAGUCCUUUUUGAAAAUGGAAACAUUGCAGUGUGGCAGUUCCAACUCCCAUUUAUUGGCAAGGAAUCCAUUUCUUCAUGCAACACCAUUGAAUCUGGGAUUACCUCUCCUAGUGUUUUGUUUUGGUGGGAGUAUGAACACAGCAAUAGAAAGAUGAGUGGGCUUAUUGUAGGUAGUGCAUUUGGGCCUGUUAAAAUUCUUCCUGUUAAUCUCAAAGCAGUUAAGGGCUACUUCACAUUAAGACAACCAGUUAUUUUAUGGAAAGAAAUGGACCAGUUACCAGUACACAGUAUUAAAUGUAUUCCUCUUUAUCAUCCUUACCAGAAAUGUAGUUGUAGCUUAGUGGUAGCUGCUAGAGGAUCCUAUGUAUUUUGGUGUCUUCUUCUGAUAUCCAAAGCAGGUCUGAAUGUCCAUAAUUCGCAUGUCACAGGACUUCACACACUACCAAUUGUUUCCAUGACUGCAGACAAACAAAAUGGUACAGUAUACACAUGCUCAAGUGAUGGAAAGGUCAGGCAGCUGAUUCCCAUUUUUACAGAUGUUGCAUUAAAGUUUGAGCACCAGCUGAUUAAACUAUCAGAAGUAUUUGGCUCAGUGAGGACUCAUGGGAUAUCAGUAAGCCCCUGUGGUGCAUACCUGGCAGUCAUUACAACUGAGGGUAUGAUCAAUGGUCUCCACCCUGUUAACAAAAACUAUCAGGUUCAAUUUGUAACUCUCAAAACAUUUGAAGAGGCAGCAGCUCAACUUCUGGAAUCUUCAGUUCAAAACCUCUUUAAGCAAGUGGACUUACUAGAUCUGGUACGCUGGAAAAUUUUGAAAGACAAACAUAUCCCUCAGUUUUUACAAGAAGCCUUGGACAAAAAGAUUGAAAGUUCUGGAUCAACUUACUUUUGGCGUUUUAAGCUUUUCCUUUUGCGGAUUUUAUACCAGUCAAUGCAGAAAACCCCCUCAGAAGUCUUAUGGAAGCCCACCCAUGAGGACAACAAAAUCUUAAUAACUGAUUCUCUUGGGCUGGGCCAUGCUGAGGAGGAACACCAGGAAGAAGGAACUUCUUUCAAACAAAUAGGUAAGCCAAGUGUCCACGAGAGGAACAAAGAAAGAGAUGCUGAAGAUCUAGCUGACAGUUCACCCAUCCAGUCUGGAGAUGCAGGCCGUGAGCCAAUGGAAGAAAAACUCCUUGAAAUCCAAGGAAGAAUUGAAGCUGUUGAAAUGCAUUUAACUAGGGAGCAUAUGAAGAGGGUUUUGGGAGAAGUAUACCUGCACACAUGGAUCACAGAGAACACUGGCAUCCCCACUAGAGGACUCUGUGACUUCUUAAUGUCUGAUGAAGGCUAUGAUGACAGAACAGCUCGGGUGCUCAUCGGGCACAUCUCAAAGAAGAUGAACAAACAGACUUUCCCCGAGCACUGUAGCUUGUGUAAAGAAAUUUUGCCAUUCACAGACCGUAAGCAGGCAGUUUGCUCCAAUGGGCACAUUUGGCUUCGGUGCUUUUUAACCUACCAGUCCUGCCAGAGUUUGAUAUAUAGAAGGUGUUUGCUUCAUGACAGCAUUGCACGGCAUCCAACUCCAGAAGAUCCUGACUGGAUAAAGAGGUUAUUGCAAGGCCCUUGUCCAUUCUGCGACUCCCCUGUUUUCUAA